AAGUUUACUAUUGUAAUCUUUUGGAGGAAACAAUAAAGAGUAUCUAUCUAUCUAUCUAUCUAUAAAAUGCGAAUCAAUAGUUCACUUUAAAUUAACAGAGCAUCGAUAAGCAGAUGGCCAGUUGCAUUACGUGAUUUCAAAACACAAUUCUGUAUUGCUCUGUUUUCAAUCGAGUUUAGGCGUUACCUACUUGUUUUUUUUUUAAUUAAAAAUGUUACGAAUUUUAAUUACUAUUGGUUUUUUAAAAAUAGCAUAUGCAGCUACUGGACUAACUGAUUUGCCACAGAAACCUGCCGAGUUCGCCCAUAUAGAAGGAUGCUACAUUAAAGAAAUAAACGAUGUCGUACGUGUCUCUACAUACUUAACUCCUAUUGGAUCUUGCGUACGAAUUGGUUGUUUAAUAAACAAUUUAGACUAUGCGACCUGCCCCGUUGUUUUCACCGAGGACCCCAAGUGUCACGUCACCGAAUCAGACACCAGCAAAUCAUAUCCCCACUGUUGUCCGAAUAUUAAAUGUGACGAAGACAAUAAAUUAUAGACAUAUGUAUAUUGAUAUCUUCAACUCGAGUCUGAAUGCCUUUCGAAACAUUUUAUAAACAGCCGUCAAGUCUCUUUAACAUAUUUAAAUUUUUACACAUUUUUGUUCUUUGCAUUCGUUCCUUCAUUGUUACUUACCACAUUCAUAUCUUUUCUAUUUAUAAUUUAACAUUGUUUGCCAACUGCUUUAACUAUGCCCUGUAUACACCUCUCUGGGUCUCAGUCUAGUUCAUACUAUUGUUUCUCUAUAAAUGUGCCAGCUACCAAUCUUUUUCAAACCUACGUAGUUUUAGAAAAAUAAACAGCGACGUGCUUGAUAAUCUUCUCGUCUUAGCAAUUAAUUUUACCGAACAAUAGAUAGAUAGAUAGAUACUCUUUAUUGUUCCCUCCAAAAGAUUACAAUAGUAAACUUAUUAUAAAUAUAAACAAUUAAAAUUAUAUAUUAAUAAUAUUGUUGUAUCGUGACAUAUUAUCUCUGAAUUAAUUUAUUAAUAUUCAUUGUACAAUCUUGUACUAAAUCUUUCUUUCUCUUACUCCUUCUAAAUUUAUAUAUAUAAAUAUCAUCAAGCCUACAUCUACAAACGAUUUUAAUAUUAUGGAUUAACCUGUUGUGUAUACCUAAUAAAUAAAAAAAAAAAUUACAAUGUGAAAAUCACUAAAUAACCAACGAGAAAUAGCUGUAUAAUAUUUUAACUUAAACAUAUUUGUUUAUUUAUUUGCUUCUUUUAUUUAUUUAAACUUUAAUGUACAGUGAAACUCUUUGUACAUUUGGCGGACUUAAGUCCGCCAAGAACACCAUUUGGUGUUAACACCAGAUGGUAUAUAUAUAUCAGUCAACUAUUGGGCAAAUCGAGAAAUAAGUAGGCGGUGCAUUAUUGAAUAGAGGAAAUAUAAAAAAUAAUAUUUUGUUUGUUCAUUUCUUAUUUAUUUUAUUUUGAUUUAAAUAUUAUAUUUUGAAAUAAAAUAAUAAUAAAUUUGUAAAAGGUAAUAAA